AUGGGCCUAAUCGCUGGUCUGGUGGAUACGGCGCUUGCCUCCACACAUAUGGAUGCCAUCGAUGCCCUUCGGGCCUUCUUUAUCCUGGCAUCUUGUACGAUCCUGUCGGUCAGCUUGUUGCCGGACUCGUUGCACUCGCGCUUCGUUGUGUAUGGCGCUCGUGCAACCUCGACCGACUCCAAGCCCCCCUCUUCUCCAGGGUCGACGACUCCCUCUUCCUCACCUUCGUCAGGCCUAACUACACGCAUCUUCGACUGCCUUGCCUCCUUGAGAGUCCCUCACAGCUACUUUACGCAUUUCUAUGUUGCUUCCGUGGCAGCCUCGGUCUUCUGGAGCGUGCAGCUCUUUUUCCGGGGCGCGGCGUUCCAGGCCUUUGCAACGAGGGUCAGCCCAGAGCAUUUGCAGCGGUCGAUGACAAUCCACCAGAUUUUGCUGUGUUGGACGUGCAUGCUUCUCCAGGGGGUAAGGCGAUUGUAUGAGUGCUUCGUGUUUUCCAGGCCAUCGGCGUCUCGAAUGUGGUUCAUCCACUGGCUCGUCGGCCUUGCUUUCUACCUGGGAAUGUCGGUUGCGGUCUGGGCUGAAGGAGCAGGAACCCUCUUGGCCCGUCCAAUUGUCCUCGAUGAUGUGAAGGUCACCAUAGCCCCUUCACUCCGCACAUUUGUCUUCCUCCCGAUCUUCCUGCUCGCAUCAGGUCUCCAACAUGACGGUCAUCAUUAUCUCUUCUCCUUGAAGAAGUAUACUCUACCGACUCACCCCCUGUUUCAUAGUCUUGUAUGCCCGCACUAUACAGCAGAGUGUGUCGUCUACUUGGCCCUGGCCUUCCUGGCCGCUCCGCAGGGGGAGCUAGUCAACAAGACAAUCGUGGCCGCUCUGGUGUUCGUCGCCCUCAAUCUUGGCCUGACAGCGGCCAACACCCGACGAUGGUAUAUGCAAAAGUUUGGCCAGGAUUCAAUGCGAGGAAAGUGGAAUAUGAUUCCAGGGAUUUACUAA